AUGACACCUGGUCACAAUUUAUUUCUUGGUCUGAUUCAAAAGUUGAAAAUAUUUUCAGUGUUUGAUGCAUUCAUGGGCGUACGCAGAAGGCAGUUGCAUGCAGUGCGGCUUUCGCAUGCAAUCUAUCUGCGUUUCUUAGAGGACAAUCAUUUCAAAACUUCACUGAGACUGCCUCUUGGCGUUGGCCACGAAGGCAUCUUACACGUGAUACAUGCAUCUCAUGUACGCAAUUUGUCAUCAACAAAUAUUAAUGUUAUUCUGCCGGAAUCCAUCCAGCCACCUCGAAAUGAACAACAACCAAUUUUCACAACACCGCUGAGCAGGCAAACAAGCUCCAUUCUUAUCGAAAGUAAUAAGGAGAAAGCCAAAAAUAUAAGAAAUGCAAAGUUGCUUGACUUGGGCGAGGUCCUCAAGACGAUGCGCAUAUCUUUUGUGACGUUUAACAAUGACACCGAUUGUAAAUAUUCAUACAUUUGCAAGAAAAACCAGAAAUUAUUAACAGUUCCAUGGUGGAUCGUAAAAAGUUCUCUGUCAGCUUCACUUUUGAAAAGCUUCGCUCACAUGGAGGCAACAACAAACAGAGCGUGA